AUGGCUCUCUAUACCGAUGCCGAUGACAACAACGACGAGUCCACGGGCUGUGGCAUAGGCUCGUGGCGACCAAAAUGGCUGCACCGAUGGACAACACCCCGGGUGUUUUUGUUCCUAUUUGCCCUGGAGGGUAUAUUCCAGGGCGGGUCCUACAUGUAUGUGGUGGCCUCGUUGACCACGCUGGAAAAACGGUACGCAUUCGGCAGUCUUGUGUCCGGCACUAUAUUGUUGGCUGACGACGUGAGUGGACUGAUAUUUAGGCCACUAUUUGGCUACCUGGCCAAUAAAGUGCAUCGACCCCGAGCAGUGGCCUGGGGUAUGAUGAUAGUGUCGUUUGGCUGUUUUGUGGCCACCAUUCCCUACAUGAUAUACGGCCCGGGAGUACACAUGUUGGGCACAACACUCACUAAUAAAACCUCUAUUGAGUUUUGCGAUAGCAAUAGAGAUGUAGACAGUAGUUGCGCGGGCAGUGACGGCACCCGCAGUGCGUUUAUACCAGUGAUGUUCAUAUGGAUGGCCACUGCGCUGAACGGUAUAGGAAACGCCGCCUUUUGGACAAUUGGUGUCCCGUUUAUUGAUGAUAGCGUCAAAAAGAAGAAUUCACCCAUUUUUAUAAGUCUUGUGUUUCGUGUGAAAAGGUUACUGAAAAACCCGAUUCUUAUCAGUUAUUUGAUGGGAAAUAUUCUCAGAUUAUUCGGUGUUUUGGGUUACAUGUCAUUCAAACCCAAAUAUAUGGAGUCUCAGUAUAAACAAACCGCUUCAAAAGCAAACCUAUUCACAGGAAUCAUUGGUAUUGUUCCGUCGGCUACGGGUGUGCUAUUGGGCGGAGUAUUCAUUAAAUACCUACAGCCGGGCCCUAAAGCGCUCACUAGUUUUGUUGGUAUUGUUGAAGUGUUUGGCACAUUAGGCUAUAUAUCUGGCCUGUUCCUGGGCUGUCCGCCCACACCCUUCGCCGCACUGCCAAUUAAUAAUGCAAACAAUACUCGUCGUGCGAUUGUUUCGGUGGUGAAGGUGUGGCCACAGAGGGCUACUGUCCCACCGAUUGUGACAACAGCAUUCAUACCAUACCCUCUAGUAUACGGAGCGGUCAUUAACACUGCGUGUGAGGUCUGGGAGUCAAAGUGUGGUAAAACCGGUAAUUGUCUGGUCUAUGAUUCGGACAAAUUCCGGAACCGACUCCACGGCCUGACACUAACCCUGUAUUUCUUGGGAUCCGCUUUGGAUGUAAUCGUCGUAUUCUUGUCGUCGAGAAUCAAGAAUCUAUACGACGACGAGGAAGAAGAUAAUGACGACAAUAAUGUUAAUAAUGAUCACAAUAUAGAAUCAGAAACAAUAAAUUAAAAAUGUUAA